AUGAUCUUAAAUAAGAGCUCCUCCCCGCCAACUGGGACGAGCCAUGUGUCUAUCUUCUCAUCUCAGCCACCUAUCUUCAUUCUGCCAACCCAUCUCUCCUUGGAAGAGUUGGACGAGACAGAAGGCCGACUGAUCGACCAUGGUGGGAAGGUGACGUAUGACAUUUCCGAAGCUGGCCUGAUCCUGGGGAAGAUUGAGCGGCCCAAACGUGCGGCACUGGAACUGCGCUCUCGCGGUAUCUGGACAGAAGAGGUUAUUCCGGACCCAACUCCGAAAAGAACUGCCAGUGAUAUGGAGCCUCCUGUUAAGCGCAGGCGCACGGGGGAACACCAUGGGACCAAGGACAUCCCGAUCGAGAUUAUCGAUCUCGAUUCAGACACUCAGAGCGAGAAGAACGAGGUUGCAAGUCAACUCAGCUCUCCGCAACACCUGGCCCAAGUGCAAAAGCCAGAACUGGAUAAGAAAUUGGUCACUGUCCUGAAGCUCGAGUGGCUGCAGGCAUCUAUUGCAUCCGGAGAAAUGGUCUCUCAGGAUCCAUACGUUGUCUACCGUGGACGAAAGAUCCCCACCCCGACCAAGUCAACACCGGCUACACGAAAGGAACUGGAGCUCAAAUCAAGCCAAAUCCUCGAGCGUGCAAAGCAAGAUGCCGGCUCACAGGCACCUUCAUCAUCAGAUUACAUGCGCUCACGGCGCUCAAAAGAACCCGACCGUCCCCGACCAGCCCUCUACCGACAUACAACCUCCGAGCAAGAGGAGCAGAACCCACCACCUCAACCAGACUGGGUGCGCGAGCAAGUCAUGUACGCAUGCAUGCGCUCUGCACCCCUGCACCCGCCAAACGAAGACUUCAUCGGCCAAUUGGUCAAAAUCCGACGUAUCCGAGAACUGACACUUGAUCAAAUCGGCGUGCGGGCCUACAGUACCUCCAUCGCCGCUAUAGCGGCAUACCCACAUCGCCUCCGACGUCCAGGUGAGGUCCUCACUCUACCGGGUUGCGAUGUCAAAAUCGCAGACCUAUUCGCACAGUUUCAGCAGGACGGCGGCUGCAGCCACACCGACGACGACGGCAACGUUGCCGCUGCCGAUGCAUUAGAAACGGAUCCCAUGCUGCGCGUCUUGAACAGCUUCUACCAGAUCUGGGGUGUUGGCGCCAAGACCGCGCGCGACUUUUACCAGCGUGGCUGGCGUGAUCUCGACGAUAUCGUCGAGCACGGGUGGAAUACGCUGUCGCGCGUGCAGCAGAUUGGGCUGAAGUACUACGAGGAGUUUCUGGAGGGGAUUCCUCGGGCUGAGAGUGAGAAGAUUGCAGAUGUCAUUCGGGAUCAUGCUGGUCGGGUCCGGGCUGGGGGAGGCAUGGAGUGCAUUAUUGUUGGCGGAUACCGUCGCGGAAAGGAAUUGAGCGGUGAUGUUGAUAUCGUUGUGACGCAUCGUGAUGAUGCCGUUACUUACAACCUCGUUGUGGAUCUUGUGGCGAGUCUUGAGGCGGAACACUAUAUCACUCAUACGCUUGCCUUGCAUUUGACUAAUUCGCAUCGGGAGCAGCAGACUUUACCGCUGCAUCAUGAUGAUACGAGGGGUUUUGAUACUUUGGAUAAGGCUUUGGUUGUCUGGCAGGACCCGGACUUUGAUGCUAAAGCUAUGGAUGGGGAUGAUAAGAAGAAGAAUCCUAAUAUUCAUCGUCGUGUCGAUAUCAUUAUAUCGCCAUGGCGCACAGUCGGUUGUGCUGUACUUGGUUGGUCGGGUGAUACGACGUUCCAGCGAGAUUUACGGCGGUAUGCGAAGAAAUCACGCUCGUGGAAGUUUGAUUCCAGUGGUGUGCGAGAUCGUGUCACUGGGAAUACGAUUGACCUGGAACAUGGUGGAGAGACUUGGGAGGAGAGGGAGAAACUCGUCUUGGAAGGACUGGGGGUUGGCUGGAGGCCAGCGGAUGAACGGUGUUCGGGAUAG